AUGGAGUAUUCGGAUCUGGGACCUGACACGGCAAUGGAGAGUCCAGUCACCGGCCGUCCACCUGAUAAACCUCCCGACACGCCGUUACUUUUCAAAGGUACGAAACCCUCAUUCCGAGACAUCACUCUUCUUUCGAAGCCACUUCCCCCUCCGCCUCAAAAGCGAGAUUUGUUCAAGGAAGAAGAAGCAUGGAUCAAGCUGAUUGACAACGAUCGAUUGAAGCCGGUCUUGGAGCUGGACCCUGAUUAUUACGCUUCAGUUUGCCGGUCGUACGAGGAUGGGCUGGUGGUCCGCCUAUUAGGUAAAAAAGUAUCCUAUUUCUACAUGAAAGAGGGGCUUAAGCGUCUGUGGAAGCCUCAUGGGCACAUUGAGCUAAUUGAUUUGGCCAAUGGGUUUUUUAUGGUGAAAUUCACAAGAGAAGAUCAUCGGGACACAGCUCUGAAUGGAGGGCCUUGGAUGCUUUCCGGCCAUUAUGUCACUGUUCAGAAAUGGACUCCACAGUUUAAUCCUUUCAAUGAUGUGAUUGAACACACUUUGGUUUGGAUUCAGUUUUCAGGGUUAAAUAUCGCAAUGUUCGAUGAAAAUAUAAUGUUUUGCUUGGCAUCGAUGGUGGGCACGCCAAUCCGGAUAGAUCUCAAUACUUCGAAUGUUGAAAGGGGAAAGUAUGCUCGAGCUUGCAUCCAGAUCGAUUUGAACCAACCAGUUGUUGGCCAGGCGGGAUUUCAGGGAAUUUGGUACAAAGUGGAAUAUGAAGGCCUCUACUUACUAUGCCCCUUAUGCGGACGAUAUGGCCACAACCGAAACACAUGUUCUUUUGUAAAGCCAACAGGGUCUGAGGGGCCGCUGCCCUCAAGCGAUAAGGGCAAGUCCAUUAGUACUGAUUCGGCCAUGAACUCCCCUGCCGAAUUACAUGACGAAUAG